AAAACAAAAGUAAGGAAAACCCACAAUACAAGCGGACCAGGAAGAGCCAAAGUUCAGUUUGCUUCUUGGUUUAGCGGCAACGUGACUUGGAAUUAUGGCCCUUAAAGGAUUGAAGGUCGUGGAAUUCGUGGGGCUUGCCCCCGGGCCGUUCUGUGGAAUGUUGCUGGCCGACUUUGGGGCCACGGUCACGCGAAUCGACAUGAACCCCCGGAACCCGCUGGAUGUCCUGCAAGGAGGCAAACGAUCGUUGGCUCUAGACCUGAAGAAACCGAAGGCCAUCGAGGUCGUGCGAAACCUGUGCCGCAAAUCCGAUGUCAUGAUAGAACCGUUCCGCCCGGGAGUGAUGGAAAAAUUGGGUCUUGGGCCAUCGAUCUUGCUGCAGGACAAUCCCGGAUUGAUCUACGCCCGACUAACGGGCUUCGGGCAGAGUGGUUCCCACGCAGCACGUGCAGGUCACGAUAUCAACUAUGUGGCCCUCUCUGGCGUUCUAUCGUUGUUGGGGAAACGGGGAAACAAACCGUCGUUUCCAAUCAAUCUGUUGGCCGACUUCGCCGGCGGUGGGAUGAUGUGUGCCUUUGGCAUUCUGGCAGCGUUACUCGAACGGCAUCGGUCCGGUCGUGGUCAGAUCGUGGAUAAUGCGAUGGUCGAAGGAGCCGCCUACAUUGGAAGUUGGUUGUUCCGCUCCCGAAAUCUGCCUAUCUGGGGAAAGCCUCGCGGGGAGAACAUACUCGAUGGAGGAGCCCACUUUUACGACACGUACGAAACACGCGAUGGCAAGUUCCUGUCGGUGGGUGCGAUAGAGAACCGGUUCUACCGACAGUUGCUCGAGGGUCUUGGUCUCGAUCCCGAAUUAUCCCAGUUUGAAGACGAGGAAGAGCGCAAAAAGCUGUUCGAGGAGCUGUUUCGUUCAAAGACGCGUGACGAGUGGAUGGCUAUAUUUGAGACCAAGGAUGCCUGCGUAUUUCCGGUGCUCGAACUGGACGAAGUCGAAUCGUACACCCAUAACCGGGAGAGACGCGUGUUUCUUGAUCGAAACCAAAUCGAAGACUCGACCGUUGUGCCAACGCCCGCCCCGAAGUUAAGCCGAACUCCGGCCACUUCCGGUGCAUUAGCCAAGAGCCGCGAUGAGCUGGAAAUGACGGUUGAAAUAUUAGGCGAAGUAGGCAUCGAUCGACCCGAAGUGAUUCGACUGCAUGAGCAGGGUGUCGUUUUACUUUCCUCUGCACCAAAGUUGUAACGACUUGGCUAUCACGCCUGUUGUUGACUAGUUUUAAGCAAGGUAUUAGUGGGAAUAAAGGGAAACGGGAAGAAUGGUUUUUUACAGUAA